AUGACGAAAGCCGCGGAUGAUUUCCGGUUUGCACUUGUGUUAAAGUUUUCGCGUUCAAGGCCAUCCAUUGACAAGAUACGAAUGCAUGUGAUGAAAUCAUGGGGUCUAAUGGAGGUUCCUUCUAUUAGUUUUAUGGACGCAUACCAUGUUCUUAUUCAAAUGCAAUCUGAGAAGGGCUUUGUACAUGCUUGGGCUCGAGAGGGCAGAGUAAUUGACGGUAACGUCUUCAGGCUUUUUCGGUGGACAAAAGAUUUUGAUCUUCACGUGGAAUCUUCUCUGGCGCCACAAUGGAUAUUUUUACCAGGUUUUCCGAUGCAUAUGUAUAGAACUUAUUGUUUACAGAUCCUUGCUAGUAGGUUUGGCCGGUACUUGGGCACAGGCAAUGCGACGUUGCACAAAACAAGGGCCAUGGGGGCACGUAAAUGUGUUGAGGUGGAUCUGAAGGAGGAACCGAUCAAGGGUUUUCCGAUUGUUGUGUCGUCGCACAGGACAAUCUGGCAGGAGGUACGGUACGAGAAACUUGGAUUUUAUUGCACCAAAUGUUGUAGGCAAGGUCACACGAAGGUGGUUUGUAGGAUGGGGGAAACUCGGCGUAAUGCAGGUGGAACAGGGCAUCGUGUGAUGCAGAAGAAAAUUUGGAAGGGAAAAACGAGUGAAAAGGAUGGGAAGAAGGUACGAGAUGAGGAAGGUGAUGAGGAAGGUGAUGAGGAAGGAGUUGGUCCAUCACAGCCUGUUUCGACGGAUGUUCCCCUACUACAGCUUGAAGCAGCUAAUAAAGUUUUGGCUUUGGAAGAUGCGGACGGGAGUUUGCUGAAACAGAGCAGGGAGGAACCAGUUAAUUUACAAAUUGCGCGUAAUGGUACUGAUGUUGAGUCGAGGCCUACGGAAGAAUAG